CCGACAGCGAACAAGAGAUCAAAAUAAACUCUCUUCUUUUCUCAUCAACCAAUAUAUACGAUUCCAUAACUUCUCACAAGAACUCAGAGAAUCAACAAAAAGAGAGACAACAAGAAGAAGAGAAAGAAAGAGAUGAGAUCACCGGUGCAGCUCCAUCACAGCUCAGACGCCACAAACGGCUUCCACACACUCCAAACUCACGACCAAACCGAUGGUCUAAUCAAAAGAGUAUGUCUCACGCGCGGCAUGCACGUGCCGGAACACGUGGCGAUGCACCACACACACGACGUGGGUCCAGACCAGUGCUCCUCCUCCGUGGUGCAGAUGAUACACGCGCCGGUUGAGUCUGUCUGGUCCCUCGUGCGUCGUUUCGAUAAUCCAAAAGUUUACAAGAACUUCAUCAGGCAGUGCCGUAUCGUCCAAGGAGACGGGCUCCACGCCGGCGAUCUCCGGGAAGUCAUGGUUGUAUCCGGACUCCCCGCGGUGUCGAGCACCGAGAGGCUCGAGAUCUUGGACGAGGAGCGUCACGUGAUAAGUUUUAGCGUCGUGGGUGGGGACCACAGGCUAGAGAAUUACCGAUCCGUGACGACGCUACACGCGUCGGACGACGAAGGAACCGUGGUGGUGGAGUCUUACAUCGUUGAUGUACCACCGGGGAAUACGGAGGAGGAGACUGUUAGCUUUGUGGAUACUAUCGUCCGGUGUAACCUUCAGUCUUUGGCUAGAAGCUGUACGAGCCGGCGAUAAUAUGGUCUUUUUAUAGUUUUUUUUAAUGUUAAUUGCGAUUAUGUAUCUAUUUUGCUUUGGAUGUUUCUAUGGAUCAAAGAAAAUUUGUUUGGGACUUGGUAGAUUUAUGUUUGGGAAGAAAUAUUGUCGGAUGGAUUCAUUAAAGAAAUGGAUUUAGGAUUUGGUACAUAAUAACAUUUUCAUUUUGAAUCUGUUACUUUGUGAGUUGUGUUUAGUUUCUGGCAUGUUGUUUGUUAUUCAUUUUAUGUAUUCACCGUUUUGUGUUGUUUGUAAAUGAAUUUGAAUUCACCGCAUCAAAACAUUGUU